AUGGCCCAGUCCUACUACUCCCCGCUGGCCAUCUCGGCGGAGGAGACGCUGGUGCGCGUGCGCCUGGAGCACGGCUGCACCGGCGUGGGCAGCGUGAUUGACCCCAGCGCCGACGGCGCCGACCUGGCGCCGGGCAGCACCCUGGACGUCCCCCUGUGGCUGGCCUCCAGCCUGGCGCAGCGCGGCAUGGCCCGCGUGGAGCUGCCGGUGUACUACGGCAACAAGAUGCGGCGCAAGAUGCGGGCGGGGGCGGGGUGUGAGGACUUGCGCGUGCGCUGCCCUCACUACUACACGGUGGCGGGGGGGCUGCACGCCGCCAUGCUGGCCGGCCGCACCGCCGACGAGGGGUUCCCGGAGUUUGUCAUGGCCACCUUCCGCACGCGAUACAAGGAGCUGCUGUGCCGCGCGACCACCAUCGACAACAACGUGGAGGCGUCGGCGCUGCAGGCCCGCCUGUCUGUGGAGGAGCUGUCGCUGUUCAUGGCCGCGGCCGACGCGGCGUCCCGCCACGAGGCCUGGCGCGCGGGCGGCGAGGCCUCGCAGUCGCGCCUGGCCCGCUCCGCCAGCAUGAAGCGCAAGUGGUCUGAGAAUCAGGAGAACAGGGGGAUGAACACCCUCACUGCCCCACCCCGGUCUGGGCAGUGA